AUGAAAGCCGAUUUGCAUCUCAGUGAUUACAAGAACAUCAAUAACAAUACAAUGGCUAUUCAAAGACGUCAACUUGCUCUUCGUCCCGUUGAGAUUACAAACGAACAAUUGAUGGAAAUUCUUUCUACUUUGAAAACUAAUAUGACAGCCAUGGGAACCAACAUGGCAGCUGACAUGUCGAUUGUACAAGAACAAAUCGGCACUGUUGAAGAUACAUUGCUAAACAUGAAUAGCAGAAUUGGUGUUCUUGCCACCAGCAGCACUGAGACAAUCACUGCUAUUGACAGUUUAAGCAGGGCCCCCCUCGUUUCCCCUACCAAUACAAUGGCUAAUGUUUCUCAGCCUGCCUUCAACGCCCCGUCUGAGUUUAGCAAGAAGGCCUCUAAUGAUGUUUAUGCCCAUAUUCGUAAUCUCAUGUGGGAUCCCAAGCUGAAAACAAGAAAUCAAGCUGAUAUCCUGGCAAAUGAGAGUAAGCCCAGAUGGAAUACAAAUGUUUUCUUUUACAAGUCGCCAAACAAGGAGUUGGUGGUGCGACUUCUUGAAAACUUGAAGCGCAAGUUUACCCAUGAGGGAUUUAGAGAGGCAGACUUGAGAGCAAGACUGCACAAAAACUUCACCAGCCGGGUUUCAAAAGCAAGAAAAACCGAAGAGGAAAUAAAAGCAACAAACACUCGUUCGAGAAGGGCAGGACGUGCCAGAGAUAAUCAUACUCGCCGUUUACUUGCAUACACAGACAACAAAGAAGCAAUUGAUCUACAAAUGAAGAGAGAUUGUGACUUCACGAUGCAAAUGGCAGCAAUGUCCGAUGGAGAAUCUGCAGAUGAAGACUUCGAGAAUCGCACGAAGAGCAUCGUCAAGAUUGUUCGGCCAGGAUGGAGAAGUGACGAGUUCAAUACUCUCAUUAAACUCGUUGAUGAGUAUGUUAUUGAAGCAAUGGGGUCAAGUGCUUCUCAAAUGAAGGAGAGGGUUUUCACCAGUGUGUCCAAUACAGCAGUCCCAGAUGACAUAACCCCCAAAUUUCCUCAGUGGGCCCUUAGAGACGGGUAUUAA